AUGACGGGAAACCGACUCCGAAAUCUCAUUCUAUUUGUCUACGGUAUGGAAGAGGUUGUCCACGCCCCCUUGGACUCGCUACGAAUACUCCAGGCGGCCAUCGACGUUGCGAAUUCAGAUGCUGGAUCUCUUGUGCAAUUUUCAAUACCGGAUGGGAUUGUUACCGGAACUUCCGGUUGUCCACAAGGGAGUAGUGCUGGGCUAGGUGCGAAGGAAGUGUGUGAUCAGUACUACCAGCACAACAUCAAGGCGGUUUUCGGGCCGAUAUGCUUUGAAGACAUGCGCUUGAUCGAGCCGGUCAUCGAUGAGUGGGGUAUUAGUCAAUUCAGUUUUUGGACCGAUUUCAGCUUGACCCGCCAUAUACCAGAAAUCAUUGAGAUGAGCCGAAGAGGGUUUUUGAACAUUGCUUACAAUUUGAGGGCGAUUUGCACGGCUCUUGGCUGGGAUGAUGUUGCUCUUUUUAUAUGUAUGGAUUGCUACGAAGAUUCUAUCAACUAUCGCAUCGAUUCGAUCAGGGACACGCUUGAAGAGUUGAACGUGCGGACGCUGUACUUGGGGGAGAUGAACAAAACGAUCAGUCGAACAGAGCUCGCGCAGAUGAUGGUAUUGAUGAAAAAGACGGCUAGAGUAUUCAUCACGUUUCUCGGGGUUGAUCCGGAGCUGAACAUCCUGUUCGCGCAGGCGAUGGCCGAUGCAAAAUUGUCAUCAGAUGAAUAUAUUGCCGUAUACAUGUUGCACUACCAGAAUUACGACACCGCCACCGUACCCUGGGGUACUAGUGCUGCUACGCGGAAGUUAUUUAUGAACUCUGUUUUGGUAUACAACGACUUCCCAACCUCGUACACCACAGCAAUAGGGCAACUAGAACUUUCAAAAGCCAAUGAGGAGCAACAACUCUACUAUCUACAAUUGUAUGAAGCCGUCCAAAUCUACGCCUACGCAUUGAAUGCCCUCCCAGAAGUGACGGGAGAUGCCAGCUACGAUGGAGAGGCAGUUGCUGGGGUGCUACGUUCCAACCAAAUUCAAGGACCUUUUGGCAGCGUCUUUUUCAACAAUAACACUAUGCGGCUGUCGGGUUUUGUGCCGUUCUAUGUUACGAAUGACAGUGUCUCCCAGCUUGCGAAUAUCGUUGUUGGGCCCGAUCCGAGUUGUAAUGAUACUAUAUAUGAAGAUACGGCGAUGGCUUGUUAUACUUUGCUUGCAAAUACUUCGAUACUUGCCGAUGUUGGAGCGAAAUUUCCACAAGAUGUUCCACCAUGCGGAUUUACUGGGGAGUUGUGCGAUCAGACCAGCACCGUCAUUAUUAUCGCAGCGGUUAUGACGGCUAUUAUCAUUUGUAUCGUCACGAUACUAGCCAUCAGAAAAAUGCGUUCCGGUGAAACGGCUUCGAUGCCUUGGGCCAUCCCAGUCCAAAUGGUAAAACUCGUCGAUGUCGAAUCAUCGCAAAUCGGGAGCCAACAACUUUCCAUCCACAGCAUCCAACAACAACUCGAAGACAAAUCGGCCGAAAAAAAAGCCAAAGAGUCACUAAAAAGUCGCCAGCUGGCAACGAUCGAUCAGGCUUACGUCGUUGUGGAGAGCUAUAGCUUGAAGGAAAAGCUGGUAUUCAGCCGUCAUGAGAUGCAUUGGCUUUAUUUGAUUAAGCAGAUUAGCCACGAUAAUCUGAAUCCAUUCAUGGGAUUGUGUUUUGAUCGUUCGCAACAUCUGUUUGUCAUGUGGAGUCAUUGUUUUCGGUGGAAAAACAACUCGGUGAUAUCUACACUUGAUGGUGCUCCAAUUAUUGCAAAUUCUGAACUUCAUUACUAUGCUCCUGAGAUCCGUAAGGGACUGAAAACCCUGAUGUAUACAAAUAGGAUGGACGCUAUCCAACUCAGCCCGAAACAGGGACAAGCCGGAGACCUCUACGGUUUUGGAAUGAUAUUAUUUGAAAUCUUAUACCGGAAGAAAGUCGCGUCAAUCGAUGAUGCGAUCGUCAGCGAAGAGGACAAUUUGAUCCUGUGUGAGCAAGCCGAAGCACAGGUUCCAUUAUACCCUACCAUUCCGGAAUCUGAUGAUGUUCAUCCUGACCUACUGGGUCUUAUGCACAAGUGCUGGGGCGCAGCUGAAACUCGGCCGGACACGAAUUUAGCUCGAAAAAUCACCGAUGCCACUUUGAAAAUGAGCGGUUCACUUGUGGACCAGAUGAUUAAAAACCUAGAACAGUACACCAACAAUCUCGAAAACCUCGUCAAAGAACGAACCGGCCAGCUUGAAGAAGAACAGAAAAAGGCGGAAGCAUUGCUGAGUGAAUUGCUGCCAAAAACGGUUGCUGAUGAGUUGAAAGUCGGGAGGAGGGUCGACCCAAAAACCUAUAAAGCAGCGACAAUCCUAUACUCGGAUAUUGUCGGUUUCACGUCGCUAUGCUCGGAGUCGCAGCCCAUGGAGGUCGUAAACCUACUCUCCGGCAUGUUCCAACGCUUCGAUCAAAUUAUCUCAGUCCAUAAUUGCUACAAAAUUGAAACGAUUGGUGAUGCUUAUAUGGUGGCCUCGGGUGUCCCUAUUCCGAGUAAGACGGACCACGUACGCGAUAUCGCUUCGGUGGCAUUACAACAACGAGAGUUCCUCUACGAUUUUGAAAUCCCUCAUCGGCCCGGUCAAUUUCUACACUGUCGUUGGGGGUUCAACACUGGACCUGUGUUCACAGGUGUCGUCGGAAUCAGCGCUCCAAGAUAUUGUGUUUUUGGUGGAACGGGAGUCGGAACUUUACUUACAUAUUGGUUAGAUGGUGUUGAAGAGCUUCUUCAAAGCUCCCGUGAUUCGUACAAAGCUAUCUCAGCUAUGGUCGAGGCGCAGGUU